AUGAAAACAAAAAAUUUAUUGAUUUGGAUACUGAUUAUUGUUAUCCUUUUAGGAGGGGGGGUUUUGAUUUAUAAAUUUUCUUCUUCUAAAUCAGAAACACUACCGGCUGACCUGCCUAACCCAAAUGGUAAAUUAUCCCAAGCCGAAUUAGAAAAAUACUUGCUAGAAAAAAGACUAGAUUUACAAAAAUAUUUUGUCUUUAAUUUAGGAGAGGAAGUAAAGUUGAAAAAAUACAAGAUAGACUCAACUUUCUUAUCUAAUAUUCGCGAAGUAGUGCCUUCGCUUUCUACUCACCUUACUAGAUUAAUAGGCGAACCCAAAGAAUUUCAGAAAUUUGUGCCUGAAACUGAUUAUAAUGAAUUACUGUUGGCUCUCUUUUCAGAAACGGAGGCAUUUAGUAUUGAGGAUUACAUAAACAAAUAUAGUUCAGAAGGUAAAAUUACUGAAAAAGAUAUUGAAAAUUUUAAAAAAAUAAAAGAAGGACAAAAAAAAGACAUUGAAAAAGCAAAUAAUAAUUUUUUAAAAGGAAUUAAAGAAGAAAAAGAUAAAUCGAGUUUCUACCGGUGGUUAAUAAUCUUUGAAGAAUUAGCCCAAAAAUUAGGAAUGAAAAACGAAAAAGAUAUUGAAAAUGCCUAUAUGAUGAAAAAUAAAAUCAAUUGA